UUUUUUACCAAAUAAUAGGCGUCGUGGGUGCGAGGCAAAAGGCGACAAGCUCAAAAAACUACUUUGACAUUUGUGUUUUUGACAUGACACUGACGGAUAAACUUUAUUAUUCAUUGAUUGGUUCGAUUGGUGCUUUGCUUUUGCUCCAUUACUCGUUGUUGUAUUAAUUUUAUUAUCAGUCGGAUUUCUUCAAAAGUUUUAUAAAAUUAUUAAUUAAUUAACAUAAAAUUAUCAUCAAUAUUGUUACAUUAAAAUAUAACAUAAGAAGGAACGAUUUAUCUUUAAAGAUUUGCCGUAAUAUUAUAUCGAUAACUUUAUAAAUGUAAGGCUUCAGUUAAUUAAAUAACCACUACAAAUGUUUCAAAAACAUUGUAAAUACGAUUUAAGUGACAAAAUGGAAGAAGAGCAACCAAAGAAGUUGUAUUAUUGUUCGUAUGCAGGCUGCGCAUCGUAUUUUGAUAGACCUUAUAGACUAGCACAGCAUUUUCUGGCUCAUAAUAACAUAAGACCCUUCCCUUGCAAACAGCCAAACUGCAACAAAGCAUAUACAAGCAAAAGUCACUUGGAUCGUCACGUAAAUUCUGUGCAUUUGCCUCCAGAAAAUGAUGUAGUUUACAGCUGUUCACAAUGCAACAGAUCAUUUGCGAACCGUCAGAAUCUCAAAAGGCAUAUUAAUACAGUCCAUGCUGUACAGUUUACCUGUGACCUGUGUAAAGUGACGUACAAAAAGAAAAACCAACUUACAGCCCACAUGUAUCAACACACGGGUAUAAAAGCCUUCAAAUGUGAUAUUUGCAAAGAAACAUUUGUUAGUCUUUACCAAAAAAAACGACACAUGAGAUACCACAAAACUUACAAAUGUGAAGAUUGUGAUAUAGUUUUUGAUCAUUGGUCAAAAUAUCAGAAACACAAAAAAGCUAAACAUGUUCCGAGUUACACGUCGACACCUCAAAAUCUUAAAUCAUUAAAAUCGUUGUUAGAGAGCAAUGUUACUGUUAUACAGCCGAAAAUAAAUUUAUGGCUCCCCGGUGGGGCUGAGCGUCGUAUGUUGCUGUCACCUUCGGCCGAAGGCUACGCCGAAGCAUUUGUUUGUAAUGAAUGUAAAAGAACAUUCAAGGAAAGAGGUCACAUUGUAAGACAUCUGAAAACACAUGGCCAUAAAAAAAUUACCAAAACAUUCCCUUGUCCCUAUGAAAAUUGUCCAAGUAAAAUUCUUAUAAUGUUUCAGGCUAAGUUAAACUAUCAUAUGCAAUUACAUAACAAAGUGAAACCAGAGGUGGUACCAAAAACUGGCAAAGAUCGGAAACCUCGAAAAGAUGAAGGAACUUUCAAAAUAUCAACAGCUCUCAAGUUAUCUGGAUUGCCAGUGCCACCUGAAAAAACUGUUACUUCAAACAGGGCCGUGAAUUUAUCCGUGAAACCUGAACACAUAGAGGUUGAGGUUGAUGUUCACGUCUGAACAGUAUUUAGUAAUUUAUUGACACUAUGUUGUAGUUUUUAAGAAUAUCUUAUUAUAAACGAGAAUGGGAAAGCUUGACCACUACUGCAUUCUAAUAGAUAUUUUCUUGAUCACAUGUUUUGAUGCUUGUGUACCACAUUAAUUAAAUUAGUUAUGAAGAAACUGGGUGAAUAGAAUUCAUAGUGUGAAUAAAUACAGAAGAGGGGUAUAUAUAUGUAGGGAAAAUAUUCUAGCACCUAUUUACCUCAUUUUAUGGUAUGGUAUGGUACAUUCGGCCAUCUGUAAACUCGGCUUGUAUUAUAACUUUUAGAAUUCUAGAGGAACAGAUCUUAUAUCUUGUUUGUUUAUAGAUAAUAUAAGAUUGUAGGAAAGAAUCUACUUAUAAAAACUAGAGAUGUAAGUAUAUUGACACCUUCAUGUUUAUUAUUACUUUUUUUUUUAAUUUGAUUACACUGGGAAGUACCUGGUAUUCUUUUUACAUAUUUGCUAUGUAGUAGAGUACAAACAAUAUGAAAACCGCCUCUAUUUUUAAUAUAAUAAAUAGUAAACAUGAAAGUACUUAAAAAACU